UCUACCCUACAGAGCUUCCCGUCGUCGCUCACUCGACGCGCUCCCGCAUUUUACCUGUUAGCCAAGCCAAACGACAGAGCAGAUGUUAUACAACUGUAACUGAACACAGUUAGUGAAUAUCUCAGUAUUUAACCCUGACCUUUACGGAAGGAAGUUACCUGAUCGAUAUCAACGAACAUAUUAUCAAACUUUAGGAACAGCGGAACAAGGAUAUCUGACAUUUGCCAGGAUGCACUUUUCAAGCUGUCUGUGUACCCUCCUCGUCGCGCUUGUCUACCAAGGUACUUACUUGAGCGCUAUGGAUACUGUUAUCGGCCUGUAUGGAGAGACCGUUGAGGUGCCAUGCAACAAUGGAGCCCCCAAACCAAAGGACCUGUUCAUAACAAAAUGGAAAUACGACAAUGGGGACCUGCUGACCCAGCUGAAAGACCAGGAUGCCUCUGUCAUAGCCACCAACCAGUACAAAGACCGUGUCAGCAUGGCCGAAAACUCCAGCCUGCUGAUUGCUGCAGCAUCACUGAAGGAUGAGAAGAUUUUCACCUGCAUGGUGGUGGCUGGGGCUGACAUCUCAGAAUACCCUGUCAAACUCCUUAUCCACAAGGCUCCAACCAGAGUGGAGAUCACAGCCCUAGCCGCAGAGCUGGAGAUUGGCAAACCAACCCAGCUAGGGCAGUGCAGCGCCCCUGAUUCCAACCCAGCUGCCAACAUCACAUGGUUCAAGAACAAGAAACAUCUGGUGGCGGAUGGGAAAGGCAUUAUAAUCAGUUCCAAAGUGAAGGUGGACGAAGUCACUGGCCUCACUACCACUUCCUCCACUCUUCAGUACACAGCUGAGAAGGGAGACACAGAUGCUCUGUUCACCUGUGGGACCCUGAACGCAUUGUCCUCCCCAGUCUCCUUCACUGUCACCUACCCCACAGAGAGGGUCAGUCUACAUGUAAUUUCUAAAGGGCCCCUUAUGGAAGGAGACAACGUGACUCUGAAGUGCAAGGCCGAUGGGAACCCACUUCCCACCAGCUUCAACUUCCACAUUCAGAGAAAGGUGGUGAAGGUGGAGAACUCUGACUCCUACACUGUGACUGAUGUCACACGUGACAGCACAGGGGAAUACAAGUGUUCUAUCGUUGACAAUGCCAAGAUGGAAGACUCCAAGAACAUUACCAUCAAUUACCUGGAUAUGAGUUUGAGCCCCUCUGAGAAGGUCAUGAAGAGCGCCGGCGAAAGCUUGGCUCUGAACCUGCAGACCGAUGCGUCUGGAGAACUCAGGGUGUCCUGGACUAAGGACAAUGGCAAGCUAGACAAAAUGCCUAAGUUUGACAAGCUGACCUACUCUGAUUCUGGAAAGUAUGAGGUUGUGGUCACCAUGGGCGCUCUCAUCAAGAAAGCCUCUUUCGAGCUGGUCGUUGAAGGUAUUCCAGUCAUCCGGCGGUUGGCCAAGCAGCGUGGCGAGGACGGCCAGCACAAGGUACUGACCUGCGAGGCUGAGGGCUCCCCCAAACCCACUGUGGCCUGGAGCGUCAACGGCACCUCGGCUGAUGAAAGUCCCUACGUCAAUGGGAAGAUCUCAUACAAGCUGACCAUUGUGCCUACAGUCAACCUGACCGUUGUCUGCACUGUGUCCAAUGAGCUUGGCCAGGACACCAGGGCUAUUAACGUGUCGACCUUAUUUGAGGAGGUGAGAAUGGAUAAACAAGGCUCAUCAGAUGACAGUGACACAACAAAGUUGGUGGUGGGAGUUAUUGUUGGUCUGCUCCUGGCCACUGUAGUUGUGGGUCUAGCAUACUGGCUGUACAUGAAGAAAUCCAAGCAAGGCAGCUGGAAGACUGGUGAGAAGGAGGAUGGAUCCACUGAGGAGAGCAAGAAACUAGAGGAGAAAAUAGAGGAGAAGCUGGAGGAAAACAGCCAGAAAGUUGAGGUGUAAAGAAAAGGAAUGUUUAAAGAAUGAGAGAGAAAAAAGGUAAAGAACAUGUCUUGAAAAACACAUCUAUUACUGUAUAUUAGAAUAUUUACUUCUUAUGUUUUAGAUUAAAAGAUGCCGUUAACAUCAUCACAAUUCUUCUGCAGUGCAGAAGCAGAAACUAGACGCUUUGGCUCACUUCUGUUAAAAUUUGAAAAGGGGGCAUUGAACUGGAUGAAGACCGUUUGGAUUUGGACUUAUCCACAAAACUUUAUUUCCUCUGAAUAUUGAAAGAAGAAAACUGGCUAAAUGAAAGGAUAUGUGUUGUACAUAAGCAUAAAUUGUCUGCUCUAUGGUUAAAAUGUGUUACCUUUCCUUUGUAAUAGUUUUUGUUUCAAGUGUUGGUUAAGAAGGAUUUGGUCAAAUUGAGAAAAAUGCCAAUUGGAGUGUUUGGCUUGGAUUUAAUUAACGUUAUUGCUAUUAGAAUAACUACUGGACCAUAUGCCUUUUCUGUAAGGAUGUGUGCAUUGGCCUAUACCUCCCUGACCCUCAAUGCAUUAUAGAGGAUCUGAAGGUGUUCGCCGCUGUUCCAUCUCAGUUCCAUAUCAUCAACACAACCAAACACCCAUUAACACAACCGAACACAGUCAAUACAUUUUGUACAUUUUUUAUGGAACAUACACUGCCAUUUUGUGUAGUCUCCAUUGGAAAAAUAAACUGUUGAAUAUUUUAAUGAAAGGGCUAAGGGAAGGGUAUAGGCUACAUAACUAGCUUUGGUUGUAACGUAAUAUGAGUUAAGCAUUAUACCAAGAUGCAUCACUUUGCAUUGCAGGAAGUAGAAGAUCUGUUGUACAAAUUAUUUCAUGACAUGUUACAUGGUUCCUGUUUGUUUUUUGUACAUUUUUGCCAUCAAAAGUAUCAGGAGAUUGAGUGAUGCUGUUAGCCAUGCAGUACACUCUGACCAUCUGUUUGUGUAUCAGUGGGUUGUGUUUAGUUUGGACAUAACCACUACAUUACAGAAUAUGUCUUAUCUCAGUUGUGUUCAUAGUGUUAAAUUCUGUGCUUUUAUGUCAUUUUGUAUGUGUAAAGAGACAAGUUGUCCAGUAGUUGCAUACUUCACAAUUUAGGUCAGGGUUAUGAGUAGCAUUUACUGAACCUGCAAAUAUAUCAGACCUAGAUGUAAUUGUGAUUUGUUUUGGUUAUUUUUAGCUAUUUAUAUUGUUCAAGAUUACAAGGUUAGCAUCUCUGUCAGUUAUAUUCAAUUAUUCUCACAAAUGUAACCACUUAGCUUUAAAGGUACUGAACAAUUGAUAGUAAUUUCUUGCAGUUAUUUGACAGUAAUAAUUAUAAUGUAAGCCAUCUGUGGAUUUUGAGGCUUCUGUAGAUUUCUAUGAGAUUUACCACAUAUCUCAUACUGUCAGCUUGCUGUUUGUGUCCUGCGUUGUAGUUAAUGUGAAACCAACAAAUUGGAAAUAAGACCAAAGAGGGUAAAUAUUGCCAUGCAAGUAUUGUAAAUACUGGUUUUUGUUUUUGUACUUUUGUUUAAAAUAAAGUGUAGCCUACAUUUUGAA